AUGGCCACGAUCCGGCGCAUGACGCCCGGCGACCUGCUCAGCCUGAACCUGACCAACCUCGAUCCCUUGACCGAGAACUACGACCUGCACUUCUACCUCAACUAUCUCAUGAAAUGGCCGUCUCUCUUCAAUGUCGUCGAGGACCGCGAUGGCCAGAUAGUCGGCUACAUAAUGGGCAAGCUUGAAACGCAACCACAGGCCAUGCGUCAUUCGGAGCACUACACCCCCUGGCAUGGCCAUAUCACAGUGCUCACAGUUGCGCCGGCCUGGAGAAGGAUGGGCCACGCACGACGGCUGACGGAGAGUCUGGAACGGGCCUCAGACAAGAACAAUGCGUGGUUCGUUGAUCUUGACGACCCCACGGGGCUCUCAGAAGAGGGUGAAGAUGCAUUUGACAUGCGAAAGCCGUUGAGCCGUGAUGUGCAUCUAAAGCACUCUCGUCCAAAUGGGGAAAACUUCCUUGUGAGUCCUGAAGACGUUACCUGA